AAUUUUGGAAAUAAAUCUUGGCCGAGUUUGUAAGAAUUCAGGAGACUGCAACCGACUCAUACAAGUCACACCGACCGUAAUCUAUAUAUAUAUACCUCACCACAAAUGCAUGUGUAGGUGUUCUUCCCAUUCAUUUGUUUUCUCUGCUAAUUUACCAUCAAGUAUCUCUUCUACAACAGAUAAAACAAUAUGGGAUCAUCGGAAAUAGGAAACGAGGCAGAGCUGGGGACCAUGUCUCCGGCGCCGCCGUCUCUUUGUCGGAACGGCUGCGGUUUCUUUGGAACGGCGGCAACCGAUGGGCUGUGCUCCAAGUGCUACAAGGACAUGUGCAAGAAGAAGGUGGAAGAGCAAGCUCUGAUAACGCCCAUGACCAAUCUCAGGAUCAGAACCGGCCGUCCGGUUCGGGAUGGGUCGACCGGCAGGGAGGCGUCGCCGCCGCCGGCCCCGCGCGCGUCCGGCCGGUGUUGGAGCUGCAACAGGAAGGUGGGGCUGCUGGGGUUCAACUGCAGGUGUGGCUACACCUACUGUGGGUCCCACAGGUACCCUGAGAUGCAUGACUGUGCCUUUGACUUCAAGGGUCAAGCCCGGGAUGACUUGGCCAAAGCCAAUCCUGUAAUCAAGCCCCAUAAAAUCCAGAGAUUCUAAAGUUUUAAUUUCUCCAUUUAUUCGUUGUUUCAACAAGUGUGUGUGUGAUAUUACUCCCUAGCUAUCAGGGAGAUUAAACAGUACGUGAUAAAUCUUAUGGGUUUAA